AUGAAGCUUUAUUUGAACGAUAGACCCAGAACCUUUGUCAUAGUGAGUGGUGCCCAUGCAUUGCUCGUUCGACAUCCGUUCCCCACGUACGCAGGAGGAAGUAGUCACCAUAACAUACACUUGCACCACCACCACCACCACCAAGCAUCCGGCGAAGAUCAAAAGAAGCAAUCUUCACUGUCCUCAGCGUCCAAGGGAUCCUCCACUUCUUCCUCCUCCACACUCAAUAAAGUAAUCGUAGAGUUUGUGCAAAAGGAUUCGUUGCAGUUCUCCAACUUCAGAGACAUCACGCCCAAUAAGUCCAAACAGAAGCAGAUCUUUGGAUUCUUGGGAUUGUUGAAUUUCAAGAGUAAUAUAUACUUGGGCUUCAUUACGAGCCGAUCAAAGCUGGCCUCUCCUAUAAUUGGGGAAGAUAUAUAUACCAUUACAGGAGUUGAUUUCUACUGUUUGAAUAACGAUGAGUUUGACCAUUUUAUUGGAAGAGAUAUCGACGACCAAUUGGACGCUGACCACUCACUAGCGACAUCUGCUGGCGGGGGGACAUCUUCUGCCGCGGAUAAGAUUACAUCAGACUAUCCAGCCGCUUCCAUAAGGAGACUCUUAAGUUCUGGUUCCUUUUACUAUUCAUCAAAUUUCGACAUAACAUCGAAUUUUCAAGAACGUAGUUACCAUAAGACUAUAUCUUCCUUUGAAGAUGAUAGCACUAAGAAAACCUUUGCAAACAAAUUCCAUCUAAUCUCAGAUAAUCCGUACUUCCGAAGCUUUAUGUGGAACUCCUUUAUGAAUUCUGAAUUGAUAGAAUUUCGGAGUAGAUUGUCCGCCAAUGAGAAAAUAGCGUUUGAUACCACUGGAUUUUUAACUACAAUUACUAGAGGGUACGCUCAGACUGUUAACACUUUGGUACUGCCGGGCGUAGAUGCAUUGUUGACUAUCAUAUCGAAGCAAUCGUGCUGUAAAAAUGGGCCCCUCUUUGGAGAUUGGGGUUGUGACGAUAGCGGAGAUGUAUCAAAUUUCGUUGAGACCGAAGUUUUGGUGUACACUGAAAAGUUUUGCUUCUCAUAUGUUAUCGUAAGGGGUAAUGUACCUAUCUUUUGGGAGGUUGAGGGAAAUUUCCAUAAAAAGACUUUACUCACUUCGAAGAAGUCAAAGAAGAUUGUUUACCCCAGAUCAUUUGAAGCAUCACAGCACGCCUUUUCAAGACAUUUCGAGAAAUUGAAUACUCAAUUCAAUGAAGUUCACAUUCUUAAUGCAUUGACAGAUGACACGAAAACCUAUAAAGGAGACUUGAACGUCACUUUCAAGGAGCACAUAAUCGAAUAUAAUAGGAAUGGAGAAUCUUUAAAUACGGACAAUGAUGUCAACAACGAUCCUGAAUUGUCCGGAAUGAUGCGCCUCACAUCAACUUCAUUGCCUGUCACAACUUCGACUAUUAAGAAGAUUGGGUAUAAUGCUACUCAACCUACUAACAUUGUGUCUAGGUUGUAUCAGAAUAUUAUAGACUUUGGAGCUUUUUUCUAUGAUUUUCCAAAGAAUGCAAAUACUGGAAAGCAAUUGGGGGUCUUUAGAAUCAAUUCUUUUGACUCACUCUCCAAAGCCAAUUUCUUGAGUAAGAUUAUUAGUCAAGAAGUUAUAGAGUUGGCAUUACGAGACGUGGGUAUUGAACAUGUUGAACAAGAUUUGUUGCUCAAGCAUGGGAAAUUGUGGCAUGAAAAUGAUGAUCAACUAACAAAGUUGACAUUGAAUUUCGUCUCUAACUCAACCAAAUUGCAUAAAUCAAGUGCUGCUACGACAAAGGGAACUAUAAAGUCACAUUUAACCAAGAAGUAUCUUAGUGGUGUAGUUACCGAACCCAAACCAAAUGAAAUGGCAAUGCUCAAAUUGUUAGGGAAACUACAAGAUCAAGUUAAUGUCAUAAUUAAGAACCCGAUUCAUGACUAUGUGUCCAGAGAAUUGAAGAAGAAUUUAAAGGAGUUCAGUUCCUUUCAGGACAUAUCUAUUUUUUCAACUACGUUCAAUGUAAACGGAUCUUUGGAAAAGGAUGAAGAGGUUAUAAGAGGAUGGCUAUACCCAGAAGUAGCUCACAGACCGUACGAUGUAGUUUUCGUGGGAUUUCAAGAGAUUGUCGAACUUACUACAAGUCAAAUGGUAAACACACAUUCGUCAAACAGACUUAAGUGGAUUAAAUCUCUUAAGGUUGUCCUCGAAAAGUACAGUCCUCAAGAGAAUACAAAAUACGUUUCCCUAUGGGAUGGACAAUUGGGAGGGAUUGCCUUAUUGCUUUUCAUCAAAGAAUCAGAGUUGAAAAACAUAGCCAACGUCGAGGGAUCUUUCAAGAAAACUGGAUUGGGUGGAAUGAGUGCAAAUAAAGGUGGAGUUUCAGUCAGUUUCAAUUUUUCUAAUACCCAGAUCUGUCUUGUCGCUUCCCAUUUGGCGGCUGGUUUAAACAAUGAAGAAGAAAGACAUCACAACUAUAAAACAAUCGCUAAAGGGAUUAAGUUUUCUAAAAAUCGUAGAAUUAAAGAUCAUGAUAUCGUUAUAUGGUUGGGAGAUUUCAAUUAUAGAAUUAGUACUAUCUCCAACGAACAAGUCAAGAUGUUUGUGGAAAAGGAGGAGUUUACUAAAUUGUUUGAAUACGAUCAAUUGAACAAGCAAAUGGCAAUCGGAGAGCUGUUUCCCUUCUAUGAUGAAAUGGAAAUCAAAUUUGCACCCACCUAUAAGUUUGACAAUGGUACGAAGACAUACGACACAUCAGAAAAGCAAAGAGCUCCAGCGUGGACAGACAGAAUUUUAAGUAUGUCUAAGAGUAACAAUAUCAAGCAAUUGUACUACAAUUGUUAUGAAGAUAUAAUCUUUUCUGACCAUAGACCUGUUCUUGCAAUCUUCAAGGUGUCUGUGAAUAUUAUUGAUGAACAAAAGAAGAGUGCACUUGCAGAUCAUUUGUACGAAACAUUCAAGAAGGAUUUUGGAAGUUUGAACGAUUUAUUCUUUACAAACAACAGUAACAUCAAUAUUUCAUAUAUAUUAAAUGGAGAUGAAGAUGAUAAUAACUUGCCACCACCUAGUUCGGAGAAAAGUAAAUGGUGGAUUGACGGUGGGUUGCCAGCCAAAAUAUACAUACAGGAACUCGAGAACAACAGCGGUAGCAAAACUGAUGUGAAUGUGAUCAAUCCAAAUAACCCAAUUAAUCCAUUUGAAGAAUCGGGAGCAAUGGCGGUUCGUGAAUUUGUACCUAAAAGAGAACUAAUACAAGAAGUGGCAACUAAAUAG